AUGACUCGACUACAGUUCCACGCACUUGCGCUUGCCGCCGCGUUCGCAGUUACCGCUGCCGAUCAGUCGCGCCCUCGAAUCCUAGAUUUUAACCCCUGGUCAUGGCUACCUAGCAACAGCAACCGAUCCCCAUCCGUAAUGGACUAUUUUUUUCCACCGUCCAGAACCCCAAAAAAUUCGAACCUUGAUCCUCCUGCCGACCGAACACCCCCCAAAACUAAUCCAACAACCAUCGACGAAACACUCACAACGACAUCGUUUCAAGAACGUCCAACCACACACGCUCGGAAAUCUAGUAAUAAAUCGAAAUUAAACGCGUCGCUACCGCACACAACCGCAUCCCCGAAAACCAAAAAAAUUGUACACAGAACUACUGACACGGACACAACCUUUGAUUCUAAAACAACGUUAGAUAUAAAAAUGGAAAAUGUUGCACAAACCACGAUCAAAGCGGCUAUGACAACAUCCACUGCCCGUCCGACAAAACAUUAUACGAUUCGACCAAUAAUCCGAACUGCUUCAACUUCGACCACACAAGAAACAGAAUCCACUUUGAAUACAAACAGCGAUAGUACUGAGACAGUCGCUGUGGAUACAGUUGGAACAACUGAUGAAAAUAUUAAAGCCACUUUGUCAACUACCAGUAUCCCUGAAUCGCGGUCUACAGAUGCAGGAACAGCGAGCACAGCGACAGAGUCAACAAAUUUAAUGGAGAGUACAUUAGCGGAGGAGCCCGACAGCCGUGAGGGUUACCUGCCUUUACGAGACAAACCACAGCAAACGCACGUCAAGAUCAACGAACAGACUAAGAAAGAGACAGUGCCGCUGCCAGCAGGCUCCACUUCAGUACUGGCGAAACCGACGAAAUAUCACUAUUACCCUCACAAUCAGCACAUUUAUUUGCUGCCGGAAUGUGCUAUACAGCAGGUGUGCAACGCAGUGUACGUGCGUCUGAACUAUACGCAGCCGCUGUGUGCGUGCCCGGCACGUUACCGAGACCCGUGCUCCGCCAGCUUAAACGCCGACGACCUGCAUACCACUCGCCUCACUACGGACUCCAAAAAAAAGUAUGCGAAAAAAGCGGUGACUCUAGUGAAGACAUGUGAAGCAGUCUCAGAGAUGCGAGAGUGUCGGGCACCCAGGGACUGGUCAUUGCUAGCUCUACAGAACAUUAGAACGGGAAAAUCACACUAUUUAGUCAUUUGUCGUUGCCCAGAAAGUCAUAUUUUGGAGGGUCCGAUGACACACGAUCAACCCACCUACGCUUCUGUGCCCGGAAUAAGAGUUUAUGGCAUGAUGUGUGUGCGACCAUCUCCGAUCUAUCAGUCUGGUUACAAAGGCAAUAGAUAUACAAGUGCACAGAGCACCACCAGCGCCUAUAAAGUGGACUACUCCCAACCCCAUUCAUAUUCCGACAAACCAGUCUACAAUCGAUAUCAGUCGCACAGCUAUCUCGACUCGAAUUAUUACAAUAGGAGGUCCAGAGCGGCACGAAUGAGACGGAUGGUUCAAGAAUACCCUCCCUUCCCAUGGUACAAAGUCAAAGAAUUAGCUGAAUCUUUACACUGGAUCAAUUAA